CCUCCUUCCGCUUCCCACUCACACUCUCACGCUCCCCUACUCCCACUCUCUCUCUCUUUCCCUCUGCGACUGAGUGAGUGAAAGGACUGAGAAGAGAAGAAACAAAAAUGGCUGCAGCGAGUUAUCUGGUGGGCAUUGCUUUAAUUGUCAUGGCAAUGGCAAUGCGGGCAGCCGAGGCCCGAAUCCCGGGCGUGUACAGCGGCGGGCCUUGGCAGAACGCUCACGCCACCUUCUAUGGCGGCUCGGAUGCCUCCGGAACCAUGGGUGGUGCAUGUGGAUACGGGAACCUUUACAGCCAAGGUUACGGAGUCAACACGGCGGCGCUGAGCACGGCGCUCUUCAACAAUGGCCUGAGCUGCGGGGCGUGCUUUGAGAUCAAGUGCUCGGACGACCCGAGGUGGUGCCACUCGGGCAGCCCUUCUAUCCUUAUCACCGCCACCAACUUUUGCCCUCCGAACUUCGCGCUCCCUAACGACAAUGGAGGCUGGUGCAACCCUCCACGGCCCCACUUCGAUCUCGCCAUGCCCAUGUUCCUCAAGAUUGCCGAGUACCGUGCUGGGAUCGUCCCGGUGGCUUACCGAAGGGUGCCAUGCCGCAAGAGGGGCGGGAUACGGUUCACGAUCAACGGCUUCCGUUACUUCAACCUGGUCCUGAUCUCCAACGUUGCAGGGGCAGGGGACAUCGUGAAGGUGAGCGUGAAGGGGUCGAGGACCGGGUGGAUGAGCAUGAGCAGGAACUGGGGCCAGAACUGGCAGUCCAACGCGGUCCUGGUGGGCCAGUCCCUGUCCUUCCGCAUCACGGGAAGUGACCGGCGCACGUCCACCUCGUGGAACAUAGCCCCAGCCAACUGGCAGUUCGGCCAGACCUUCACGGGCAAGAACUUUAGGGUCUGAGCUACAUGAUCGCAUAUCGGUCCACCGCACCGAAAGUUUGUUCCCAAUUUUACCCCUCAGGGCUGUUAAAAUUGACUGGGCGUUGGAGAAAAUGAGAAAGAUUGGGGGGGGUGGAAAGUGAAAGAUGGGAAGCUUUUGACUUAUUUUUUUUAUGAAAGGCUAAAAGUGGCUGAGGCGGCUGCACAAACAAAACAUGUAGCCCGCAGCUUAUAUAAUCCAGUAGUAGUAGAAUUCUAAUAAAUUAGUAUAUAUAUGUGGUGGUGUAAUAUAUAUGUUUGUAUGUAUACUUGAGAAUUGUAUUUGAGUGAUUCACAAUUGAAUUGGGAACGCAAUUAGUUUAAUUUAA